AUGGGCGCCUUCACUGAUUAUCCAUCUUAUGAUGACUACAAUUACACUGAUUACUUUUCUGAAGAUGGGAUAUUCAAUUUUAGUGUCCCAGGGGACUGCAUUGUCUCACACCUGCGUGGCUCCCACAUCUUCCUGCCCGUACUGUACUGCCUCAUAUUUUUCAUAGGCUUUUUGGGGAACCUCUUUGUGAUCACAGUGGUGGGCAGCAAAGGUAGGAAAGGUGGGCGCCUGGUGGACACGUUUGUUGUCAACCUGGCCAUGGCUGACCUUGUCUUCGUCCUCACGCUGCCUCUGUGGGCCAUCUCUACCAGCCAGGGAGGCGUCUGGGACUUUGGGUACGGCGGGGACCUACUGUGUAAACUGAGCAGCUACAUCAUAGCUGUGAACCGCUUCUCCAACAUCUUUUUUCUCACCUGCAUGAGUGUCGAUCGCUACCUGGCUGUGGUGAAGCUGAUGGACUCGAGGUACCUGAGGAGCAGCAGGUGCAUCCGUGCCACCUGUGUUGGAGUGUGGGUGAGCUCCCUGUUGCUUGGCAUCCCAUCCCUGGUGUACCGCAGGGUGGGGCUGUCCAGUGUUGGACUCUCCUGCUUGGAAGACAACAACUCACCUUUCUUCCUCGGCCUCAGCCUCACCAUGGCGCUUCUCACCUUUGUCCUCCCAGUGUUAAUCAUCGUGCUCUGCUAUGGUACCAUCGUCGUGCAUCUCAACCAGCACUGUGCUGCAAACCCUCGGGCUGAAGCCCGCCGCAGACACUCCCUCAAAAUGGUCCUGUCCAUCAUAAUAGCCUUCGUGGUCUCCUGGCUCCCCUUCAACAUCUUCAAAGUCAUCAUCAUCGGCUCGCAGCUCUCAAACACUGAGCUGAGUUGUGAUGCUCUGAUGUGGCAAACACACGGGCUCCAAAUUUCGUGCUGCCUGGCCUUCCUCAACAGCUGUGUGAAUCCAGCCAUUUACUUUUUCCUGGACAACCACUUCAGGAGACGAGCCGAGGGUCUGUGCAAGACCUGCAUAGGGAAGCCAAAGUUGCUGCAGAGCUACAACUCUUCAGCUUCAUUCACCAACGUUGGCACUUCAGAGAGCUUUGGAACAACUGGUGGGAGAACUCAGCUGCAGACGAUGGAGUAG